AUGGCUUCGGCGACACUGUCCGCCACCAACCAGCGAGAUGAAGCGCAGUCGACACUCUUGGCCAUAGGAUCUGCCUGUCAAGUCUACGACAGCAAAACAGGUGAAUCGUACCCGGCCACUGUCCUCUCACGCCGAUCGGGCAGCUCAUCCACCCCUCCAUCCGCUGGCGCCGAUACCGAUAACGUUCAAUACUACAUUCAUCGACAUGAUCAGGACAAACGUAUGGACGGAUGGGUAGACUGCUCGUCCAUUCGGCCUUUAUCAAAGCUAUCCAGCUUGGACGUCAAGCUCACUUCGGCUCCUACCAAAGGCGUCAAUGGCAAUGCAAUCCCACAUUCCCUCGAAAAGGGAAAGAGGAAAGCGGAGCACGAUCUCAUAAACCAAGGCAGCGAUGCAAGUCGCACUCCAUCCGUCAGCCGACAGGCUUCUCCAGCGCCUGCCGAUCGAUCCUCGAAUCAUCGUGGUAGGCACAAGACCACCGCGUCUUCGCCUUCCGACACUCCAGCGCUGCGAAACAUCGAUCGUGUCUUGUAUGGCAGCUACGAUAUCAAGACUUGGUAUUACAGUCCCUACCCACUUGAUCACGAUGACGAUGGUCCGGAAAACUCAACGGCUCAUUCGGCGUCCGCGGCUCUGUCAAACAACAGGCGAAACCAAUCGCCCUCAACUCUGCGUGCCGGAGCGAGUGCUUCUAAACGUGCAGUACGCGGGGAUAGCACGAGUGGGCUGGGAGGUGCGUUAGCCACGUCAGCUCGCGACGCACCCGCCAUCAAAUCUCUAGCAGCUUCCACCACAAUUGACACUGUUACAUCAAGUGGUCGACAGUCACCCGCCUCACCCUCCGUCAGCAGCGGCACGAUUCGAGGCAAGAAAGAUCAUUUAAUCCCCACCAAAAUGCUUUGGAUCUGCGACGGGUGCUUCAAAUACAUCAAGACUUACAGCGGCUUUGCUGCACAUCGCAAGUUCUGCAGCAACACCCAUCCUCCUGGUCGAAAAGUUUAUCAACGCGGUGCACACAUCAUCUGGGAAGUCGAUGGCGCAGCCCAGAAGCUCUAUUGCCAAAAUCUAUCGCUCUUCGGUAAACUCUUUAUUGAUCACAAGACCAUCUAUUUCGACGUCGAAUCUUUCGUCUUUUACAUUCUGACAGAUGCCGCCAAUGCUACGUUUGAUCAUCCGCUUGGAUUCUUUUCCAAAGAAAAAGUUUCGUAUGAUGAUUACAACUUGGCUUGCAUCGUCACUUUCCCUCCGUUUCAGAGGAAGAGCUUCGGGACGUUGAUGAUCGAAUUUUCGUACUACCUUUCGGCGGGUCAGGGGAUGUUGGGUACGCCAGAAAGACCUUUAUCCGAUCUAGGCUUGAAGGGAUAUCUGUCGUUUUGGACGGCGGUGCUGCUCAGAGCCCUUAUUGGGUGCUUUGAUGGUCCAUUCCAAGUUCGGACUGGCAACAGCGGUGAAGGGAGACAGCGGAGGGCUUCUUCUCCUACCAAGCCGCUAGACCGUGCGAGCGCCGAUCAGCACAAGCGAGACAAGAUGCAAGAUGCUCUGCGACGAUGGUAUAUCCUCACACAACGAUGCAAGCUGCUAGGAGUAACGAUUGAAUCGAUCUCGCACCAGGCUGCAUGCGCAGAAUUGCAACAGCUGGUAGCAGAAGCCGAUGCCUCAGACAAUUCAGCAAACUCUGCGGCUGGACUGCACAAGCGAAAGCAAAGACUCAAAGGGUGGGCAGGAAGUGCACCGACUCGAUCGUCGCAUCGCAGUCAGAACGGUGCUGUUACUGCAGCUCUCGUGGACGCUGAAAAUGCAGCGGGCCGUCGGUCCUCGAGAGUUGCAACCGAUGGCUCAGCCGCACAUGAGAGCCACGAGAUGCCUAUCCAUCCAGCAUUGGAUCUGUCAAAGAUGGAUGACGAUGCGGCUUGUACCAUGGUAGUCUCUGUGGAAAACUUGUCGAGACUCACGCAUCUACGUGCGGAUGACAUUGUGCUCGCCUUGCACGAGUCUGGGCUUGUUGAUCCGGCCAGGACGCCGUACUUGCACACGACGGAUCAGGUUGUAGUGCAACACAGCGGUGAAGCAGCCGCCGUUGUGGAUCAACCGACCCAAUCCAAUGGCAACAAUACGAGCAACUUGACACUUCUGCUAACGCGAGAGAUGCUGCGCAAAGCAGUCGCACGACUCAACAUCCGUCCGGCCGUACUGGACGAAUCGUAUGCUCUCAUUUGA